AUGCUGGAGAACCUGUCCCGCCGGGCGCGCUCCCUGCUGUCCCUGACCCUCACCACUCUGGCCCUGGCCCUGUCCAUCCUGGCCCUCUGCACCUCCUACUGGUGCGAAGGAACCCACAAGGUGGUGAAGCCGCUGUGCCUGUCGCCGGUCAAGAUGAAGAACUGUGGGCAGAACAACAGCGAGCCGUACACCACAGAGAGUCCCACUCAGAACCCCUUCAACCGGACCCUGUCUCCGGCCCGCAGAGAGGAACUGGCCAAGAUCCGACAGCGGCAGCUGGCCAACGCCGUCCAGUACAUCUGGGAGACGGGAGAGGACAAGUUCGCCUUCAGAUAUUUCCACACGGGCUUCUGGGAAAGCUGCGAAAAACACAGUGAUGGAGAGAAAUGUCGCAGCUUUAUAGAGUUAACUCCUGGAGAGACACAAGGUGUUCUCUGGCUGUCGGUUAUUUCCGAGUUCACGUACAUCGGGCUGCUGGGGAUGGGCUUCCUCCUGAUGUGGCUGGAGGUCUUGUGCUCCCACAAAGAGAUGCACUCGCUGAAAAUCAACGCCUUCGCAGCCAUCUGCACCGUGCUGUCAGGUCUUCUGGGGAUGGUGGCCCACAUGAUGUACACCACAGUGUUCCAGAUGACGGUCAUCGUCGGCCCCAAAGACUGGAGGCCUCAGUCCUGGGACUACGGCUGGUCGUUUGCCCUUGCCUGGGUGUCCUUCAGCUGCUGCAUGGGGGCCGCCGUGGUCACCCUCAACUCCUACACAAAGACCAUCAUCGAGCUCCGGCGCCGGCAGAGACUCCGACUGGAGGAAGCCAGAGCCGCCACCCAUGCGCCGGCCUAUGAGGAGGUGGUCACAGGCGGCGGGCUCUACUCCGUCAGCGGCCUGCUGCAGUGUCCGGACGGGAUGAUCGACGUGGCGUGGGCCCCGAACGGCGGCGUGGUCGGCAACGGAGACGUGCCGACGCUGGUGCUGGUUGGAGGCUGUGGACCGGAGGGCUGCGAGGACUGCGAGAGGGAGAUGGACGAGAUGGAGGAGGCCAUGGACCGAGUCGACUCACCCUGUUAAGGUGUUCACCGGACCAAAACAGAUCCUGGUGUUUCCUCACCUCCAGUUUGACCUCCAGUACUCCUGCGUAUCCAGACUCAUAUCCAAAGCCCUGGAGAAUGGUUUGCUGCACCUCAUAAUUUUUCUGCUAUAGGAGUAAAAAAAAAAACUACCUGGCUUGUCUUUAAACCAAUCAUCUUGGGCGGCGCUAAGCCCAGGAUGCAGUGAUGGUGUCCCUGCAAAAUAACAUCAAGGGAAAUG